UGUGUAACGUCACUGACCAGCGUAGAGGAAGAACUUUUCCCGGAGCAGAGCUCUGAAGCUUGCACAAGUCGAGUGCGCGCCUCUUCCAUCCGCGCGUUCACGAUACCGGCACACUCGCUAGCUACAUGAUGGCCGAGGGAGGCGGACCCGAACCGGGUGGCGCGGCGGACUCCGACUCGGAGCCGGUAGCCGCACAAAUGCCAACCCCUUCAACCGAAAAUCAAAAGCAGACUAUUGGGUCACUUUUGAAGACUACUCUAAGAAAGGGAGACGAAUGGUAUCUAAUAGACAGCCGGUGGUUCAAACAAUGGAAGAAGUAUGUUGGAUUUGACAGCUGGGACAUGUACAAUGUUGGAGAACGUAGCCUCUAUCCAGGACCAAUUGAUAAUUCCGGGCUUUUCUCAGACCAGGAGACUCAGGCCCUGAAAGAGCACCUUAUUGAUGAACUGGACUAUGUCCUUGUACCAACUGAAGCAUGGAAAAAACUUGUCAGCUGGUACGGCUGUCUUGAGGGCCAGAGACCCAUCGUCAGGAAGGUUGUUGAACAUGGCAUGUUUGUCAAGCACUGUAAGGUGGAGGUCUAUUUGUUGGAGCUGAACUUGUGUGAGAAUGACAACAUGGACAAUGUUGUCACGCGUCAUUUCAGUAAAGCUGAUACUAUAGACACUAUAGAGAAGGAGAUGAGAACGCUGUUCAAUAUCCCAUCAGAGAAGGAGACACGGCUCUGGAACAAAUACAUGAGCAACACCUACGAGCAGCUGAACAAACCAGACAGCACUGUACAGGAUGCUGGUCUCUUCCAGGGGCAGGUGCUUGUGAUUGAGCGGAAGAAUGAGGAUGGCACGUGGCCCAGACAAGCCUCCCAUCCCAAAUCCAGUACUACCCCAUCCAGGAAUUUCACUACCUCCCCAAAACUAUCCUCCAACUCAACAGCAAGUAUCUCCUCAACAGUAACCAAUGGAGACAGCAGCUGUAGCCCUGGCUACACACUUAACAACAGCACAUCCUCUGGUAACAGAUUGGGGGGCUACAAUUCAUACAGCUCGUCCUAUAACUACAGAGAGUCACAGUCACAGCCUGGCCUGUGUGGUCUCAGUAAUUUGGGCAACACAUGCUUCAUGAACUCUGCCCUCCAGUGCCUGAGCAAUGCAUCUACACUCACAGAGUACUUCCUCAAUGACCAGUAUGAGGCAGAGAUUAACCGAGAGAAUCCCCUGGGAAUGAGGGGAGAGAUUGCAGAGGCCUAUGCAGAUCUAGUAAAGCAGAUGUGGCUGAGCCGCAGCAGCUAUGUGGCCCCACGUACUUUCAAAACCCAGGUCGGACGUUUUGCCCCCCAGUUUUCAGGCUACCAGCAGCAGGACUCCCAGGAGUUGUUGGCGUUCCUGCUCGACGGGCUCCAUGAAGAUCUAAACCGUGUCAAGAAGAAGCCUUAUCUGGCCGUGAGGGAUGCUGAGGGCCGUGCAGAUGAGACUGUUGCAAAGGAAGCCUGGACAAACCACCGUUUGCGCAAUGACUCUAUUAUAGUUGAUAUUUUCCACGGCCUCUUCAAAUCCACUUUGGUGUGCCCAGAGUGCUCCAUGGUGUCUGUAACCUUUGACCCAUUCUGCUACCUCACACUGCCUCUGCCCAUGAAGAAGGACCGUACUAUGGAAGUUUUCCUGGUGCGAUCAGACCCUCAGUCCAGACCAACACAGUAUCGAGUGGGUCCCAAACUGGGAACAGUGACCGACCUGUGCAGCGCCUUGUCCAAACUCUGUGGAUUCCCACAGGAAAACAUGGUGGUGGCUGACGUUUACAAUCAUAGGUUCCAUAAAAUCUAUAGACGGGAUGAUGGUCUCAACCAAAUCAUGGAAAAGAUGACAUCUUUGUUGUAUGAAUGUACAGGAGAGGCCAGUGAGAGGAUUACCUGCCUGUUUAUUUCAGGGUAGCGCCACUCCAAGCAUGCAGGAAGUUCCUCAAGCACCAUGCUGUUUGGCCAGCCUUUACUCAUCACUGUGCCCAGACACAACCUCAUAGCAGACGUUCUUUAUGACAAGAUCGUAGAGAGAAUUGGGCGCUAUGUAAAGCAAUCCCAGAGCCCUAACAGUGAAAGCAGGGCGUCGGCCUCAGCAUCGGCCUCAGCGUCGGCCGCAGCGUCGGCCCCUGCGACAGCCUCAGUGUCGUCCCCAGCGUCGGCCUCAGCGACUGUUGCCAGCUGCAGCCAGGCUCCUGAAUGUUCCACAUCGUCUAGCCUCAAUGCCACCCUGGGUGGCUGUGGCAGCCCCCUGUCAGAUGGAGCCUCAUGCAGUGCGAGCUCCAGUAACGGCAGCAACCACUCAGAGACCUGCAAUGAAACUAAUGGUUUAUAUGAUGGUAAUGAGGCUAAGAUGACCCACCAGGUGAGUCCUGAGCCAGAGAAUGGCCAGUCUGAAGAGGAUGAAGAAGAGACUUCUGACUUGGAAAAUGGGUCUAAAGGAGACUCAGCCAAGCAGUGCUCUUCACCAGCCAAGCUCUUCACUUUCAGCAUAGUCAACUCUUACGGAACAGCUAACAUCAGCCCGCUGCCCUGUGAUGGAAAUGUCCUUAAACUGAAUCCACAUUCCACGGUGGCAAUCGACUGGGACACAGCAUCAAAGAAACUGUGCUAUGAUGAACAGGAAGCAGAGGCCUACGAGAAGCAUGAGAGCAUGCUCCAGGCCCAGAAGAAGAAAGCCACUGUGGCUCUGAGGGAAUGCAUCGAGCUCUUUACAACAAUGGAGACACUUGGAGAACACGAUCCAUGGUAUUGUCCAACAUGUAAGAAACACCAACAGGCCACCAAAAAGUUUGACUUGUGGUCGCUGCCGCAGAUUUUGGUAGUUCAUCUAAAGCGGUUCUCCUAUAACCGGUGUUGGAGGGACAAGCUGGACACAGUGGUGGACUUUCCCAUCAGGGAUCUGAACAUGUCCGAGUUUGUGUGCGAUCCUAAGGCCGGCCCCUUUGUAUAUGACCUCGUUGCCGUGUCCAACCACUACGGGGGAAUGGGAGGGGGUCACUACACAGCUUAUGGCAAGAAUAAAGUGGAUGGAAAGUGGUAUUACUUUGAUGACAGCAGUGUCUCCUCUGCCUCAGAGGACCAGAUUGUGGUGAACUAAGCAGCCUAUGUGCUGUUCUAUCAGCGCAGAGAUGAGGAAGCCUCCUCCAAACCUCAGCCUUCGGCCUCACUGGGAGGGGCCCCAGAAGCAGCCGAUGAUCACAUGGACACAAACUGA